AUGACUGUCGACGACGCCGUCGAUUUGGUCAAUAGCGAGCCAAAGCUCAAGAAAUGGUCGCUGUAUUGUCUGAUCGGAUGUCUUGUGGUGGGAGUGGUGUUCGUUAUCUGGUAUAUAGUGCGGUACAAUAAGGGCGAUCCGGCUAUAUCUGGCAUUUGGUCACUGAUUCACGUCGGUGUCUACGGGGCCUUCACUGUAGUCGCAGUAUUGGGACUGAUCGGCAAUAUUUGCACAAAAGUUCAGUACUUGAAUUGGUUUCUGAUCGGAUGUCUGGCGCUCAUGUGCUUCGAAGUGGUCUGUAUUUUCAAUAAUAUGGUCAUCUCAGCCGCGGAUAAAAAGUACGGCGCGCUCGUGUUGUUGGCCAAAGUGGUGGUACUCGUGGUGCUAAUCGUCACCGUUGUCUUCGUCUACCUUCUGAAGCGAGUGAUUGAUAAGAAUGCGGGAAAACCUGAUUCGCAAUCGGCGGGCGGGAAG